GAGAGGGAAGGGAAGGACGAUGGAGGCUGUGAGGGGAAGAAAAUUGGUCUGCUGCAGUAGCAAGUGGUGGGAAUGAUCUGCUUUCCGUCUGCGUCGUUUCCAUGCCAGCAUGGGAACCGCCGUGUCCAAAAGGAGGAAUUUGAGAAACGACGCGAUAUCGUCCGUCGCAGCAAAAGUUAGGGCAGCACGAGCAUUUGGGGAGUACCUGUCCCACACACACCCUGACAACCGAAACGGAUCAGCUCAUCUCCUGUGUGAAACCUUGGUGGGUCCCGACCCAGAGUCGCCAACUGGGACCGCUGGCCCCAACGGCAACCACCUUCAUCUGUGCUCCGACAACACCAAGGACUCCAAGGAUAGCCCGGAGGACAUCGUGGUGAAAACUGCUUUGGCUUUGCACCGUCAACCACCUCCGUCCAUCACCGUUUCCAGUAAGCCGGUGCGGUUAUCCCUCGAACGCAGCUUCUCAGUGGAGGAGGACAAGCAGAAGGGCGUAGAGUGCACUCUGCAGCCUGCUCGUGUCUAUACAAUCACCACCCAGCACGGUAUGCUGAUGAGUGGCGGCCGGGGCAGCAAGGAGAGCCUAGAACUGGAUGUCUUAAAGGAGAGGUCUGGGAGUGGAGGAGUGGGACCCAAAGGUAGCAGUGUAGGUGGUCACGCUACCUUAAUCCAGCCCUCCACUUCCCCUUCGUCCUCCUCGUCGUCUCCGACCCAGUACCACCAAACCGGGAGCGGCCGUGGCACCGGCAGCUGCGGCGGCGCACACCAUCACCACGGCAACCACCACCACCACCACACGGGACCCUCAAGCAGCGGAGGAGCCUGCGGGCCGAGCGGAACCGCUAACCAGCAAGCCGCGAUCGUCUCGGGGUCUCACUCCCACCAUGCGGCACACCACCACUCCCACCACCACCAUCACCUGGUUCAACCCCCCUUGCAGACCUCUGUCAGCGCCCACAACAUCCGCAGCUGGGGAGACGGUGGUAAAGGGGAAGCGGAAUGCAGCGGGCUGGCCUGUGAGUCCUGCGGUGCCGUCCCCUCUCGGAGCCAGGGAUCGCUGGACCUAGAAAGUGCUUCCCGAGAGCCAGGCAAGCAGCGCCGACGCCUAGAGAGGAUGGGGAGUGUGGACCGAAUGACUGGGCUGGAGAGAGACGAUGCUAACUGGUUCCCCAAGGAAAAUAUGUUCACCUUUCAAACCGCUACCACCACCAUGCAGGCGAACUUCCGGAAGCAUCUUCGUAUGGUGGGCAGCAGAAGGAUUAAAGCACAGACGUUCGCUGAGCGUAGAUCGAAGAGUUUCAGCCGCUCCUGGAGUGACCCCACCCCCGUCAAGACUGACUCUUCUCAUGAAUCCAGAGAUAGUGGCGAUCUGCAGACUUCCUGCGGCACCCUCGACGAAGGCGGCGUUGAUGAAGCUGCCGACUGGGAGGAGGAGAGAGAGAUGGAGAGGCUCGCCUGUGAGGGAGACGACUUUAUACCUCCCAAAAUCAUGUUGAUCUCCUCCAAGGUCCCUAAAGCGGAGUACGUCCCCACUAUAAUCCGCAGGGAUGACCCGUCCAUCAUCCCCAUCCUCUACGAUCAUGAACAUGCAACUUUUGAUGACAUUUUGGAGGAAAUAGAGAAGAAGCUCACAGCUUACAAGAGGGGAAGCAAGUUCUGGAGGAUGCUCAUCUUCUGCCAGGGAGGCCCGGGUCAUCUGUACCUCCUGAAGAACAAAGUAGCGACAUUUGCCAAGGUGGAAAAGGAAGAGGACAUGAGCCAAUUCUGGAGACGACUCAGCAGAAUGAUGAGCAAAGUCAACCCGGAGCCUAACCUCAUCCACAUAAUGGGAUGCUACGUCCUGGGAAACCCCAAUGGAGAGAAGCUGUUCCAGAAGCUGAAGAAUCUGAUGAGGCCUUAUUCUGUGGAGUUCGAGUCACCACUGGAGCUUUCUGCGCAGGGCAAAGAGAUGAUUGAGAUGUACUUCGACUUCCGUCUCUACCGCCUUUGGAAGACGCGUCAGCACUCCAAACUGUUGGACUAUGAGGACCUUUUGUGACGAAGAAAUGCCGACGAUGACGAGGGCGUCCUCUCGUGCCACAAGGAAAGCGUUGAGUGACGAUGGACGUUUUGCUCACCUGGCGUCAACUCCAUAAAAACAUCAUUUUUCUUCCCCAAGGUGGAAAAAGGGAAAAGGACCCUGAAUGACUUGAGCUUAUUUAAAAGAAAGAAAAAGAAAAAAAAAGAAACUAAAAAAUGACUUUGUUGCUCUUUUCAUCUUGAGUGCUUAAAAAGUCAUCUGUAAAGAGCCCAUUGAAGUCACCGUUUAGUUGCAAGAAUGUGUGGUCGUGCCUCCUACAUACAGUGGACAUUAAACAUUUUAAAAUGCCAUGUUUUUGUGAUUAAAAAAAAAAAAAAAAAAUGAGCCCAAGCUAAAUCCUUUCAAAACUUUUUCCCCUGUCAAUGGUUCCUACAACCUGUGUGACUCAGUUGCAUUUUUUUUAAAUACUUUCGAGUAAAAUAAACAACUGAAUGUGGUUGCACAAGUGUGCACACCCUCUUAUAAAUGGGUUUCAGAAUUAACCAACCACAUUCAAACUCAUUAAAUCAGCACACACCUGUCACCAUUUAAAGUCUCUGAUUAACCCUAAAUCAAGUUUAAGUUGUUCCGAGUAGGUUGUUCCUUAUAUUUUUUUGUGCUUUCUAGUAAAGGCAUGAAGAAGUUGCACACUUGUGUAAUCAAAUUUACAUUUUUUUAUUUUACUUUGCAACUCUUGAAGAUGAUAAAAAAAAAAAAAAUUUGUUGUACAGGUUAUAGGUUAACAUUAAUGAUGGAAAAAGUUUUAAAAUGAUCUUUUGUCUCAUUUUCUUAUAGCACAGAAACCUUGCAUUUGAACAGGGGUGUGUAGACGUUUUAUAUCCACUGUUAACAUUCAUUACUAAUCCAGCCUUUGUGUCCGUGCAAGAAUCCUAAAUAUCUGGUAUAGCUUCUGUCAUGUAGAUAAUAAUAAUCUUCACCAUCGGAUCAAUGACGUCUAGUUUAUUUUUGAUGUGUGUUGCUGUGUGGUUUUCUUAUGGACAUACGUUGGAACAACUCAGGUUUUAGCCACUAAAGUAACAAUUCUGUCUACGACAUACCAAUGUUUAUCGCCAUCUCGCUGGGAGUGAAUGUACUAUUAGCGCUACAGAAAUGUACUGUAACUUUACAUAGUUUUGUUUUUUUGGUAUGAAUGUGGUCGCUUACAAUCGUGGAGGACAAAAAGUGAUGUUGAUUUCUUGUGCAUUUUCUUUGUGGCUGUGAAAAGCUAAACGUGUUCACAUUUCUGCUGUGAUGUCAAGAGGGAUGUAAUAGCCAUCCAAAUGUUUGUUUGCCCUGGUGUUUGAUAAAUUGUAAGCAAGUACUGCAAAACUUCAAAAAAAUAGCAUAGGCAUUUGACUACAUUUCUUGGAUUAAUUGAUCAAAUAAAAUAAAUAUAAUAAUAAAAUUAAAAUUCACUUUUUUUUUAAUAUUACUUUUAAUGGGAUGGGAGCAUCUUUCGAAGUUCUGAACUCCUGUUUUCAUGCCAUGUCAUACUGAGAGUUUCAUCAGGUGGCUGUGGGUCAGCGUUCAGCGGUCUUAUUUGAGACUGUCUCAACGGCGCUUGUGCUGGUUGCUCGAUGCAAUCCACAGAACUGUUAAUGAAUCAAUGAAUCAUGAUGUAAUGUACAGAAAGAGAAAAAAAAUUGGAGAGCGAAAAACAAAAGGGCUUGGAUGACGAGUGGAAAUGUUGAAAAUUUAAGGCUGAUUAGGUAAUAUAAAUGUUCUGGCUAUGAGUAUUUUCUUAACUUGUCCUCAGUGGUGUCUGAGGAAUAACACAUUAAAGAUGUCAUUCUGUGAUCUUUUUUUUUUUUUCUUUCCCGGAUGAUAAUUCUUUAAAAACUCAUCCACAAGGCUAAAAACCUGCCAGUCAAAUGACAAAGUGGCACUCACGCAGCACAAAAAGUAUUUAUAAUAGUCAUUUUAGUCCGUAAUUGACACGGCAAAAGACAAAAACAUGGUUGUGCAAAUGAAGUUGGAAUGAAAGUACUAAAAUAAAUCAAUAAAAACAAUAAUGUAAAAUAUUUUACACAUUUUCAUUUUAGAAUCCAACCCCAUUAAAGUUGCACACAAGUAUGUUGACAUCCCACAAAGAGUAACGUGAUUGUGAUUCACUACUGUCAAUGCAAGAAUAGCAAAUGGGGGGAUUUACACGUUGAGUCCGAGCUCUAUUAUAGCUUAUAAUGUUUGUACAUAUACACAGACUUAAGACAGUAGUUCCAUAACACAGCAGACCAAGCAUUCACUUACCUGCUUGUCGAAACAACAUGAGCAAAGUCUCCCAAAUAUUUUCCAGUGUUGUCUCAGAGGUCUCUUUAAUUCUUACUUCUAAUUGGUUGCAAUUUGUGGCCACUGGGUAAACUGUGAUUACUUAAUUUACCUCCAAAGUACUCCCUUUCCUCAGAGCUUUUUUUCCUAACUUCAACGUGGCGAGACUUUUUGCUAUUUUCACUCUUUUUCCUGCCCAAAUCUUUUCGCUUGUGCCAGUUUUCUGUGCCGGGACACCGCCUCCCGCCGAAAGUCAGCUGGGAUAUGCUCCAGCUCACCUGCGACCCCAAUGAGGAAAAGCAGUGUACAAAAUGUUUUCAGCUAAUAAUAGUUGUUGUGUUUUGACUUUUCUGGCUAAGACCUUGUUAUCGAAUAAAUGUAGAGCCUGGACAAGCGCGAAAGUUCAGCGCUGCACUACAUGCAAA